GCAUGCGCGGACCCGUCAGCUUCCUGUUUUGGUGGACUACCCUCUGCGUGUUCCUGCAGGUCUGAACUUUAGAGCUCACACGUCCAGGUUUGACUCUCCUUCAGCCUCCGUGUCUGUCGGAGUCUCUGUGAGCGGAUUUUGAUGAACUCGGCGCCACAAACAGAAGAUAGCGGCACGUUUUUGUAGCUUUAAAUGAAGCUAAUGCUAAGUUGAGCUAGCUAACUGUUGCUGAAGUGAACUUUGUCCAGCUGCUGAGAGGAAGAUCACCUUCCAGUUCGGGGACGAUGGCGAAUCCUCUGAGAUCUGAAGUCAUCAGACUUUACAAAAAUCUCCUCUACCUGGGCCGAGAGUAUCCUAAAGGUGGAGACUACUUCAGAGACCGUCUGAGAGCAGCGUUCACUAAAAACAAAUCUGUGGAGGAUCCUGAGAAGAUAAAGGAGAUGAUCGCUCGAGGGGAGUACGUGGCCCGAGAGCUGGAGGCGCUUUAUUACCUGAGGAAAUACAGAGCCAUGAAGAAACGGUACUACGAGGAGUAAACGCCACCGGAGCCAUGAAGAGACGACACUAGGAGGAGAAAACACCACCAGAGCCAUGAAGAAACGGUACUACGAGGAGUAAACGCCACCGGAGCCAUGAAGAGACGACACUACGAGGAGAAAACGCCACCAUAGAGACUCUAACAUGAUCAGAUUCACCUCACCACCAAUCAGAGCUUCAUUCAGACACAAACAUGAGAGGAGAAAUCUUUGUUGUAAUUUAUUAGACUGAAAACUUGACACCAAAAAAGUCCAGCAGCUUUAAAGGUUUGAUUCCUGAUUUUAGUUCUGAGGAAAAACAUUUAAAUAAUAAAAAUAUAAAAGUAA